GAACUUUGCGCAUGCGUAGUAGUUUCGAGCAAGCAAAUAUUGCAGGCUGUAGGUUCCUAGACAGCUCAAACACCCCUCGGCAAAGGCAGCGUGCACUACAUUCCCAGCCUCACAGAAGAUUUAGAUAAAGUAACGCAAAGGCAAAAGUAUGCCGGCUACUGAGAAAGAUUUGGCCGAGGACGCCCCAUGGAAAAAGAUCCAGCAGAACACCUUCACUCGCUGGUGCAAUGAGCACCUGAAGUGCGUUAACAAGCGGAUAGCAGACCUGCAAAUCGACCUGAGCGACGGCUUGAGGCUUAUUGCCCUGCUGGAAGUCCUGAGCCAGAAGAAGUUGAGAAAAUACCACCAGAGACCAACCUUCAGGCAGAUGAAGCUCGAAAACGUGUCUGUCGCACUUGAAUUUUUGGACCGUGAAAAUAUUCGCCUGGUUUCAAUCGAUAGUAAGGCAAUUGUAGAUGGAAACCUUAAGCUUAUCCUUGGGAUGGUGUGGACGCUCAUCCUGCAUUACUCCAUUUCUAUGCCUGUGUGGGAGGACGAGGCUGACGAUGAGGCCGAGAAAAAGACACCGAAGCAGCGGCUGCUGGGAUGGAUCCAGAACAAAGUGCCAGACCUGCCACUGGGCAACUUCAGUCGGGACUGGCGCGACGGCAAAGCCCUGGGUGCCCUGGUUGAUAGUUGUGCCCCUGGCCUGUGUCCUGACUGGGAGACAUGGGGUACAGGGAAACCUGUGGAUAAUGCUACUGAGGCCAUGCAGCUGGCUGAUGAUUGGUUGGGAAUCCCACAGGUGAUUGCUCCAGAGGAGAUCAUCGACCCCAGUGUUGAUGAGCAGUCGGUCAUGACGUACUUGUCACAGUUCCCUAAGGCCAAGCUGAAGCCUGGAGCUCCUCUCAAACCCAAACUCAACCCCAAGAAAGUCAGAGCUUAUGGCCCAGGCAUUGAGCCGGUGGGGAACCGGGUGAUGAGCCCUGCUGUCUUCACUGUGGACGCCUUCAGUGCUGGCCAGGGGCAGGUCACCGUGUACAUCGAGGACCCAGAGGGUACCAGGGAGGAGGUUAAGGCUGUUCCCAAUGAAGGCAAGAAGACCUUCAGCGUGACCUACGUCCCACAAGUCAUGGGAAUGCACAAGGUGACUGUGCUCUUUGCCGGCCAGCAAAUAGCAAAGAGCCCAUUUGAGGUGGAGGUGGACAAGGCCCAGGGAGACCCCACAAAGGUCAUCGCUAAAGGGCCUGGACUGGAGCCGUUGGGCAAUAUUGCCAACAAGCCCACCUACUUCGACAUCUACACCGCAGGGGCUGGCGUGGGUGACGUCACCACUGUCAUCAAGGACCCCCAGGGCAACAAGACCAGCGUAGAGGCCAUCUUGGAGGACAAGGGAGACAGUGUGUUCCGCUGCACCUACCGGCCGAUCCAGGCUGGCCCCCACUCCAUCACAAUCACAUUCGGGGGCAUCGGCAUCCCCAAAAGCCCCUUCACAGUCAACAUUGGCCCAGCCUCCAAUCCAAAUGCCUGCCGCGCCACAGGCCGUGGGCUACAACCUCGAGGGGUUCGUGUCAAGCAGACGGCCGACUUCAAGGUGGACACACGCAACGCAGGGAGUGGAGACCUGAAGGUCACAGUCAAAGGGCCCAAGGGUCAAGAUGAGCUGGUGAAGCAGAAGGAAUCACUGGAUGGCGUGAAUGCCUUUGAGUACUACCCACUCACGCCUGGGAAGUAUGUAGUGACCAUCACAUGGGGAGGAAUGCAUAUUCCCAAGAGUCCUUUUGAGGUCCAGGUGGGAACCGAGGCCGGGCCGCAGAAGAUCCGAGCCUGGGGUCCAGGACUGGAGGGGGGCGUGGUGGGCAAGCCUGCUGACUUUGUGGCAGAAUCCAUCGGCACAGAUGUGGGAGUGCUGGGCUUCGCCAUUGAGGGGCCUUCUCAGGCUAAGAUUGAGUGCGAGGACCAGAAUGACGGCUCGUGCGAUGUGAAGUACUGGCCAACAGAGCCGGGAGAGUAUGCCGUUCACGUCAUGUGUGAUGAUGAAGACAUUGAAGACAGUCCAUUCAUGGCGUACAUCAUCCCUGACAACAAAUCCAACAAUGUUGACCUGGUCAAGGCUUAUGGAGCUGGCCUAGAGAAGACGGGCUGUGUCAUCAACAAGCCAGCUGAGUUCACUGUCAAUGCAAAGGAUGCAGGGAAAGGUCCUCUGAAGAUUGUUGCACAGAUGGCUGGUGGAGUUCCACUAGACGUGAAGACCAAGAGCAAAGGGGAUGGAGUGUAUACCUGCUUGUACACUCCCACAGAGGCUGUCAAACACACAGUGUCUAUCUGGUGGGGAGGGGUCAGUGUGCCCAACAGCCCCUUCAGGGUGACCGUGGGGAAGGGCAGUCAUCCCCAUAAAGUGAAGGUGUACGGCCCAGGAGUGGAGCGGACCGGACUCAAGGCCAGUGAACCCACUCACUUCAUGGACUGCACGGAGGCAGGAGAAGGAGAUGUGAGUGUGGGCAUCAAAUGUGAUGCUGACAUGAUCAGCGACAAAGAGGAGGACCUUGACUUUGACAUCAUUCCUAACGCCAACGACACGAUCACCGUCAAAUACGUGCCCCCCGCAGCUGGUCGGCUCACCAUCAAAGUGCUCUUCGCUGAACAGGAGAUCCCAGUCAGUCCUUUCCGGGUGAAAGUGGAGCCGUCUCACGACGCCUCGAAGGCCAAGGCUGAGGGUCCAGGCAUCGCCAGGGCAGGAGUGGAGUGUGGAAAGCCCACCCACUUUACGGUGCACACUAAAGGGGCAGGCAAAGCACCGGUGGAUGUCCAGUUCUCCAGCUCUGCCAAAGGCCAGCCGGUCCAGGACUUUGAGAUCAUCGACAACUAUGAUUACUCCCACACGGUCAAAUACACUCCCGCCCAACAGGGAGAAAUGGUGAUCACUGUAACUUUCGGAGGUGACCCCAUCUGCAAGAGUCCCUUCGCCGUGGGCGUGGCCGCCCCGCUGGACUUGAGCAAGGUCCAGGUGGACGGACUGGACAGCAGAGUGGAGGUGGGUCAAGACCAGAAGUUUGAGGUGGGCACCAAAGGAGCAGGUGGCCAGGGCAGACUGGAGGUCCGCAUCACCAGCCCUUCCAGCAAAGCCGUGCCCUGUGUGGUGGAACCACAGCCUGGGAAGGCGGCCAGUGUGGUGAAGUACAUCCCCAAAGAAGAAGGCGUCUACACAGUUGAGGUCUGCUAUGAUGGCAACCCAGUGCCGGGAAGUCCCUUCCCUGUGGAGGCUCAACUUCCCCCUGAUCCCAGCAAGGUGAAGGCCUCUGGUCCUGGCCUGAAGGGAGGACUGGUGGGCAAUCCUGCUGAGUUCACCAUCGACACAAAGGGGGCCGGCACGGGCGGGCUGGGCCUGACUGUGGAGGGUCCGACGGAAGCCAAAAUUGAGUGCUCAGACAAUGGCGACGGCACGUGCUCUGUGUCCUACCUGCCCACAGAAGCUGGCGAGUACCUGGUCAACAUCUUGUUCGAGGACACGCACAUCCCAGGCUCCCCUUUUCAUGCCGACGUCCAGAUGCCCUUCGACCCCACCAAAGUGGUGGCGUCUGGCGGGCUGAAGCGUGGCAGAGUGGGGGAGAAGAGUGUUGUGGAUGUGGACUGCUCCCGGGCCGGACCUGGCCAGCUCACAAUGGAAGCUGUGUCUGACUCCACUGGAGCUAAGGCCCGGACCGAGGUGUUGGAGAACAAGGACGGGACCUACGCAGUCACCUACGUUCCCCUCAGUGCAGGCAUGUACACGCUCCUGCUGAAGUACGGAGGAACUGUGCCUAACUUCCCUGCCAAGGUGGCCGUGGAUCCUGCUGUGGAUACCAGCAAGGUCAAGGUGUUUGGACCAGGCGUGAAGGGAGAAGGUAGGUUUAAGGGUGUUCAGGAGGCCACCACAGACUUCACUGUGGACGCUCGUCCCCUCACCAAGACAGGGGGAGACCACAUCAAGGCACAGGUCACCAACCCCUCGGGCACGCUCACCGACUGCAUCAUGACAGACAAAGGAGAUGGCACUUACAACGUGGAGUACACACCCUUUGAAAACGGACCACACAGUGUGAAGGUGCUGUACGAUGACACCCUAGUUCCUAAUAGUCCGUUCCAGGUGGAGGUCAUUGAUGGCUGUGAUCCUACCCGUGUGCUGGCCAAGGGCCCCGGGCUGGAGGAAGCCCUGACAGACAAGCCCAACAAGUUCUCCAUCAUCACCAGAGGGGCUGGUAUUGGGGGCUUGGGUAUCACUGUUGAGGGUCCUUCAGAGUCCCGAAUGUCAUGCAAAGACAACAAAGAUGGCAGCUGCAGUGUGGAGUACACUCCUUAUGAACCUGGCCUGUACGACGUCAACAUCACCUACGGAGGGAAACACGUUCCAGGUAGUCCUUUUAAGGUGCCAGUGAAAGAUGUGGUGGACUCCAGCAAGGUGAAGCUUUCUGGGCCCGGAGUUGGCUCGGGUGUCCGGGCUAAAAUCCCCCAGACUUUAACCGUGGACUGCAGCAAGGCAGGGGUGGCCCCUCUCUCUGUGGCCGUCGUCGGACCUAAAGGUGUGUCGGAGCCAGUAGAGGUGGCUGAUAAUGGAGACGGCACACACACCGUGGUCUACACUCCCUCAGUAGAGGUCUACUCCCUGGCAGUCAAGUAUGCAGAUGAGGAGGUUCCACGCAGCCCGUUCAAGUUGCGGGUGCUGCCCACUCAUGACGCCAGUAAGGUGCGGGCGACUGGGCCGGGUCUCACCAGUGGAGUGCCCGCCAGCCUGCCUGUGGAGUUUACCAUCGAUGCCAAAGAUGCUGGAGAGGGCCAGCUGUCUGUGCAGAUCACUGAUCUGGACAGCAAGCCCAAGGAGGUCAACAUCCAGGAUAACCAUGAUGGCACCUACAAAGUGUCCUAUGUGCCGGAUAAGGUGGGCCGCUACACCAUCGUCAUCAAGUACGGUGGAGACGAGAUCCCCAUGUCCCCUUACCACGUGCGAGCCACCGCCACUGGUGAUGCCAGCAAGUGCACAGUUACAGGUCCUGGUAUCGGCCCCUCCAUUGGCAUUGGAGAGGAGGUGGGCUUCGUGGUGAACACCAAGGGGGCUGGGAAAGGCAAGGUGACCUGUGUGGUGGUCACCCCUGACGGCACGGAGGUGAAGGCAGAGGUCAUGGAGAAUGAAGAUGGAACCUUUGAUAUCUUCUACACCGCCCCCAACCCCGGCACCUACGUCAUCUACGUGCGCUUUGGGGGGGAAAACAUUCCUAGAAGUCCCUUCAAAGUCACGGUGAUGGAUGGCUCCUACGUCCCUGUGAACAGCAUGAACGGAACAGGCUUCAGGCCCUUCGACAUGGUGAUUCCUUUCACCCUCAUGAAAGGGGAGGUCACAGGUGAGGUGCACAUGCCGUCAGGGAACACAGCCCAGCCUGAGAUCAUGGACAACAAGGGGGGCACAGUCACCGUCAAGUACGCCCCCACUGAAGCUGGCCUUCACGAGAUGCACAUCAAGUAUAACGGCACUCACAUUCCAGAGUCUCCACUGCAGUUCUAUGUGAACCAUGCCAGCAGCCCCCACGUGACUGCCUAUGGGCCAGGCCUGGUGUAUGGGGUCGUCAACAAGACUGCCACCUUCACCAUCUUCACAGAGGACGCCUCUGAGGGUGGUUUGGAUUUAGCUAUUGAGGGUCCCUCCAAAGCUGAAAUAAGCUGUGUGGACAAUAAAGAUGGCACCUGUACGGUCACUUACCUUCCCACGCUGCCUGGUGACUACAACAUCUUGGUGCGUUACAAUGACAAGCACAUUCCUGGGAGCCCCUUCACUGCCCGUGUCACAGAGGACAACAAGAGGAGGUCCCAGGUGAAACUGGGCUCUGCAGCGGACUUCACUCUGGACAUUAAUGAAACGGACCUCAGCCUCCUAAGUGCCAGCAUUAAGGCCCCCUCUGGCAGGGAUGAACCGUGCCUACUUAAGAGGCAGCCCAACAACCAUAUCGGCAUCUCCUUCAUUCCGCGGGAGGUCGGAGAGCAUCUGGUCAGCAUCAAGAAAAAUGGCCGCCACGUUCCCAACAGCCCGAUCACCAUCAUGGUGGUGCAGUCUGAAAUCGGAGACGCCAGUAAGGUGAAGGCGUACGGCCAGGGCCUGCUGGAGGGACAGACUUGUGAGAUGUCAAACUUUAUUGUCGACACCAGAGAAGCAGGUUACGGAGGUCUAGCCCUGACCAUCGAGGGGACCAGUAAGGUGGACAUCCAGACAGAGGACAUGGAGGAUGGGACCUGUGGAGUGUCUUACUGUCCCAUGGAACCAGGGACGUACAUAGUGUCAAUCCGCUUUGCUGAAGAGCAUGUAACAGGCAGUCCCUUCUCAGUGAAGGUCACCGGAGAGGGCCGUAUCCGCGAGAGCAUCUCCCGCCGGCAGAAGGCUGCCUCUGUUGCUAGUGUGGGCAGUGUGUGUGAUCUCAAUCUGAAGAUCCCUGAGAUAGACGUCCAGAAAGUCUCGGCUCAGGUCACCAGCCCCUCUGGCUCCACGGAGGACGCAGAGAUCGUCGCCAUGGGCAACCACACCUAUUGUAUACGCUUUGUGCCGCGGGAAAUGGGUGUCCACGUGGUCAGCGUCAAGUACCGCGGCCAGCACGUCCCUGGGAGCCCCUUCCAGUUCACUGUGGGCCCACUGGGGGAGGGAGGGGCCCACAGAGUGUGUGCUGGAGGCCCCGGGCUGGAGAAGGCGGAGGCAGGUGUCACAGCGGAGUUCAACAUCUGGACCCGAGAGGCGGGUGCUGGGGGCCUCUCGAUCGCUGUGGAGGGCCCGAGCCGAGCUGAAAUCUCCCUUGAGGACCAUAAGGACGGCUCCUGUGGGGUGUCAUUCGUUGCCCAGGAGCCUGGUGAUUAUGAGGUGUCGGUGAAGUUCAAUGAUGAGCACAUCCCUGAGAGCCCGUACCUGGUGCCAGUGAGCGCCCCCGCAGACGACGCCCGCCGACUCACUGUUACCAGUCUUCAGGAGUCAGGUCUGAAAGCCAACCAGCCAGCCUCCUUUGCGGUGCGUCUGAAUGGCGCUCAGGGUUCCAUCGAUGCUAAAGUGCACAGCCCGUCGGGAGCCUUGGAGGAGUGCGUCGUGUCCGAGCUCGAGCAAGACAAAUAUGCCAUCCGUUUCAUCCCUCGUGAGAAUGGCAUCCACACUAUCGAUUUAAAGUUCAACGGCAACCACAUCCCCGGAAGUCCGUUCCAGGUGCGCGUGGGUGAGCCGGGGCAGAGCGGAGACGCCGGCCUGGCUACUGCGUACGGAGCUGGGCUGGAAAGAGGCACAACAGGUAACCAGGCAGAGUUCACCAUCAACACCACUAAAGCAGGGCCGGGCUCUCUGGCUCUGACCAUCGAGGGGCCAUCCAAGGUGAAGAUGGAGUGCCAGGAGGGCCCCGAGGGCUACAGGGUGCAGUACACACCUAUGGCCCCUGGGAACUAUCUCAUCAGCAUCAAGUACGGGGGGCCCCAGCACAUCACUGGCAGCCCUUUCAAGGCCAAAGUCACAGGCCCUCGCCUGGUGAAUGUCACCAAUGCCAGCGAGACGUCCACGCUUAUGGUGGACCCCGUCACUAAAUCCAGUGGUGCUGCUGCUGUCCAUAGCGCCCUGCCCCGGGCGGCUUCAGAUGCUAGCAAGGUGGUGAGCCGAGGGUCAGGCCUGAGCAAGGCCUUCAUUGGACAGAAGAGUAGUUUUUCUGUGGACUGCAGCCAAGCAGGUAAGAACAUGCUCCUGGUUGGUGUGCAUGGGCCCAACAUCCCCUGUGAAGAGGUGCUGGUGAAGCACAUGGGGAAUCUGCAGUACAACGUGAGUUACGUGCUGAAGGAGCGCGGCAGCUACGUGCUGGCUGUGAAGUGGGGAGACGAGCACAUCCCUGGCUCCCCCUUCCACGUCACCGUCCCAUAAGGCCCUGCACGCAGACACUGACAGCGGAGAGAGGGAACGUGGCCUAACUUGGUGAAACCCAAUACUGUAAAAUGCAUCUGACAAUUUUGCACUCAAGCAUAUAUUCUACAUGUGAAAUGGAUGCAGGUCAUAUUUUACAAGAUGUUAAAAGAACAUGCCAUAUUCUAAUGCCACAUUCAAUUAAAAACAUGUUUGGGUUUCACCCUGUCGUUUAUGAACAGGCCUUAAUAUAUUUAUAAGUAAGUAGUAUUUAACACCUGUGUCAUCUGAACUGUAAAUAAUAGACCUUCAUUUACUACUGAUAUCUUGAUUUUGUCCUUGUUCUUGUGGCGUCAGCGUGUACACACUCAAAGCACGUCAAACAGUCUACAUUGUGGUGUUACAUGUGUUUUUCUGUGUAUACAUAAUCAUAAAGGCAAAAACAUUGUGCUGCAAUGGCAGUGUUUGUCCACAUAGACACUCCCUAGACUACUUCAAACCUUAACUUCUGGACUGGAGUCAAUGCACUUUGACAAUGUCUAUGCAGCCAUUGAGGUAUUGCAGCCAACGCAUUCCUUAGUACCAAAAACAACCAUCUUUAUUGCCUUUCCGUCUUUGGUGGGCCACCUUGCUAUUAAAACUCAAGUCAGAAUACUAGUAGAGUUCAGGUAAAAAAAAAACUAUGUUGUAUCUCUUGUUGCUUAAAUAUAGUUUUGAUACGCAAAUAAUUAAAGAAUAUUUUUGAGAAAUGUUUUAAUGUGAGAGGAAAUCUUUUCACUGUUUGUAGUCUCUCCCCCGUGCCUUAAUGUGAUGUGGGUCAAUAAAUGAUGUACAGUGCAUUUGAUUUAAUAAAUAAAAGAAAAACUGGAAUACA